AUGUUUGUGGGAAUAUUUGGCGCUUCGAAUGCACCCACUGAGCUGGCGAAGCAGAUAUCGGAAGCUGAAGAGAAGUACGAAGAGAUUAUGAAAUCCCUGGAUCCACAUUUGUCUUCAAGUUACAAAAGAAGAUGUGAAGAAGCUACUAAAGAAGGUGGGAACAUUUCUGGGCAUUCGCUGGGAACGUGGAACAUACCGGUGGUUAUUUCCGACGAAGAAGCAUAUCGAGCUGCUCAACGGUAA